AACAUAUGUAUCUCUAGGUACCGCUACCAACUUUAAAUGGGGAGUGGGUCUUGAGUACAGCGGGCCAACAAGGGAUUUCUUAGUUUCGCCUAAGACGAUUUAAAGGAUUUUAUGACAUAAGAUCGGGUCUGCCCCAUCAAUUGAUCCAAGUGAAUCACCCAAGACUCAUGCUAAAUACCAGACACUGUUGCCUACUGGGUCCUAUUCAAUCAAUAUAUUAAGUUGUGCUGAUGUAAUAUGAAUACCUACUCAAGACGAGUAUUCAAUAUUCAUAAAAUGUAUUUUCUGAUGUUGAACGCUGGAGCGGAUUCCUGUUCUUCCUUUUUCAUCACGCCUAAGAUUAGGUAGGCGGCAAUUGACAAUCAAUGGAUCCCCUUUUGAAAGAGAAGAUCGCAUUCUUUGAAUGCCUUGAAACGUUUAUGUACGAAGAUGCAGAAGAUGCCUUAGACGAACAUGAAGAGUCGUAUCGGAAGCAGACCAGAGAAUUUCUCUCCGGUGCUACAAUCACACCUGCUAAUGGACCUCGUCCUACGCAAAAGGGGAUCGACGGGCUUCCGGGUGCUCCUUCUAAAAGAAUAGUAUCAGACCCGAUUUCUACAAAUAGCGAUUCCGAGGUAGAAAUCAUUGCUGUCACCCCGCGCAACCGUGAUUCGAAAGUCAGAGGCCCGAGUUUGCAGACAAGCACGUUGAUAGGCACGGAUGCCACCGUGUUCGAGACUGCAGCCGCAAGAAAACAGCCCCUUCGCCGUUCAACACGUUCGACGCGCCCAACACUUCGCGCCAGACAUUCCAGCCCUCAGACUGAUCCCUCACCUUCUGUCAGGAUGGGGAAACGCAAGAAGGAAGCACCUUUAAAACUGGUCCCCGAAGCACAGCAAAUCUUUAAAGGCCUCUCUUUCUACUAUAUACCUAACGACGAUAUCAAUCCAGCGCGAAGGCUCCAGAUCACUAAAGCCCGGGAGCAUGGCGUUACAUGGUGUCGGGAGCUUGUCAAUGCAACACAUAUCAUUGUCGACAAGAAGCUUACCUAUGCAGAUAUAGAGCGAUAUCUACAAGAUGACCCUAAAUGGCCUGAAAAAGUUAUUGUCAAUGCGAACUAUCCCAUUGAUUGUCUAAGGCACCGCAUAAUUGCGAACCCGGCUCAAGGACAAUACAAAGUUACUGGAACCCCGGCCACAGUUAAACAACCACCGGUUGCGCCAUUGUCCUCAAACGAUUCCGAUGUCUCACUUAAACUAAAACCAAGGCGUAAAAAAGCCGCAAAGAUAACCCAUGCACCUAUAUUAAGCACGCCGACAAGUCAUGAGCUAUCAACUCAGGAAAGCAUCCUUUUAGUCCCGCCCUCUCAAGUGCGGCAAAAUCAGAACACCGUGGAGACUUCUGGGCCUUCCAGGGAACAGAAAAGUGCCAUCCCAGAAGACAAUGAUGAGCUUACACAAUGUAUAUCAGAGAUGAAGACUGCCUCCGAUAACUCACUAGGUGAUGCAUUGCUAGAUGAUGGAGAUAUUCUUGGAUCAUCACCAACCGCGGAUGAAGAUGAAGCCUCGCCAAAUUCCGAGAAUUUGGCGGAAGAUGGUCCACGGAAAAGGAGAGCUAGCUCUCGACGAAAGGAUCCUGAUUGGCAAGAGAAAUUCAUCUGUAUGAAGGGAGGUACCAAAGAUCAUACGGAUGAUAGCAGUCCCAACGCGGAUACUAUCAAAGUCCUUCAACAAAUGUUAGAGAUGCACAUUCUCGCCAACGAUAAUUUCCGUAUUCGAGCAUACAGAUUGGCCAUUGAAACGCUUCGAGCACAACCCAAGAAGAUACGUACUGCCGAGGAAGCACGCGCCCUACCCAAUAUUGGCCGAAUUGCAGACAAGAUCGAGGAGAUCGUCAAUACGAACCGAUUAAGACAGCUUGAGUACGCGCAAGACGACUCUCAUCGGAAGGUUAUGGCUUUAUUUCUUCAGAUCUACGGUGUUGGUCAUAGUGUGGCCCAGAAGUGGAUUUCUCAGGGAUUUCGCACAUUAGACGAUCUCAAAAAGGGGGCUGAGUUAAACGAUAAACAGAAAAUCGGAUUGGAACAUUUCGACGACAUCAAUACUAGGAUUCCCCGGAAGGAAGUAGAGGCUUUGGCUAGUUGUGUCAAGAGAACGGCCGCAGUCAUUGACCCUCGUGUUGAGCUUAUUGUUGGAGGUAGCUAUCGUCGCGGAGCAGAUAGCUCUGGCGAUAUCGAUUUGAUCAUAACCAAAGGAGGUACGACUUCUGUUAGCGAGCUUACUCCGUUCUUGGACCGGCUUGUCAACACCCUAACAGAAGACGGUUUCUUGACUGCGGAGCUUGCUGCCCACCAUGGUAGCAUUGAUGAUGGUGGUGGCAGCAAAUGGCAUGGUUGUUGUGUGUUGCCGGAGAGCGCGUUCCCAGGUCCCAAGGGCGAAUAUCGACCAAUAUGGAGACGCAUCGACCUGUUACUGGUCCCUCAAUGCCAACUUGGGGCAGCACUGAUCUAUUUUACUGGCAACGACAUCUUCAACAGGUCGAUUCGAUUGCUAGCACGAAAGAAGGGGAUGCGACUGAACCAGAGAGGGUUGUAUAGUGAUGUCCUCCAUGACCGAAACAAUCAAAUGACUGCAGGAACCCUAAUAGGAGGGGAUGAUGAGAAGAAGAUAUUCGAGAUCCUUGGAGUUCGCUGGAGAGAGCCUCAUGAAAGAUGGUGUGGUUAAGUUAAGCAGUUGGUGAAUGACUGUAUACCCCUUUCUUCCUGAAUGAACUACUAGGGUUAUCCUUCCUCCUCAUCGUGCCUAACCCAAACAUAUUCUAGUUUAUUCGUGACUUACUAACUUUGACUAUCAUCCGUAACCUAAUUCAUUGGACUUUAUACUUUAUUUGUUUUAUCUACAUGGUAUCUCGUCAUUCAUGCCCCACCGAACAAUCACAAUCUUUCGUCAUCUCCAACCCGGCAGGAGCUGAAGACCUGCAUGACGACGAUAACUUUCAACCAAUUAAAAAACCUUCAUUAUACACGUUCUCGUAAAUAAUACACGGCGGCUCAGAGCGCUGUCACCUUGCAUGCUGUCAGUCGACGUGACUUAUUAGUGCAUCCACUGCAAUUACCGAUUCACCUUCCGUUCUCGUAAGUGACCUCUUCCGAAUUAAGCCCUAUAUUAUUGGUGACCCUGGGCAGUAUUGCUACCCACAUGGCCGAUG